AUGGAUGAUAAAUCAGAUGAUUCGUGUAUCAGUAUGACUGUGAGUGUAGAAGAACAAGAAUCUAUUCAACCAACAAGAUCUAUUCGAUCAACGACAGUUUCAAAUUCCAAAAAAAGAGAAAAGAAAGGUGUUUUUAAAAAGGAUUGGACAUUAGAUAAAGAAUUUUCAUCGUGGUUACAGGCAGUGAAAAAUGAUUGUAAACAAGCUCGUUGUAAAGCUUGUCUAAGAACUUUUAGCAUUCGUGAAGGAAAAUCAGCUUUAAGAAAGCACAUGAAUAGUGAAAUUCAUAAAACACAUAUGAAAACUUUUGGAAAUAAUAUAUUAAUAACACAUACUUCAUUCGGUGAAGUACAAACGGUUUCAGCUAUGGAAGGCACAUUUGUUUAUCAUGGAGUAAAACAUGGACAUAGCUACAUUUCUCAACAAUGUACAACAAAUCUAAUAAAAGAUUUAUUUGCAUCAUGUUCCAACACUGCUAAAAAUUUAGCAUGUGCAAGAACAAAAUCAAGAGCUGUUGCUUGUAAUGUACUUGCCCCUUAUUUCACAUCCAAAUUAAUCGAUGAAAUAAUACAAUCUCGAUUUUAUUCAAUAUCAUUCGAUGCCUCAAAUAAAGGCAAUAUAAAAACAUAUCCAUUCGCCGUACAAUACUUUACUGAUAUUGGAGUUAAAAGAGGUAAAGAAAUAUUUCAUAAUUCAAAGUUAAUUUUUUUUCAUAUAGGAAUUCUUCAAUUUGUUGAUGAUCCACAUGAAUCAGCAAAUGAUAUUUAUAAUAAUAUAAUUAAGGUGAUGGAAAAUUAUCAAUUGAAUAUUCGAAAUUUAACAAGUAUUGGUGCAGACAAUGCUAACGUAAAUUUUGGUGAACAUCAUUCGGUGUUUAAAUUAUUUAAAGAUCUUUGUCCAUGUUUAGUAAAAGGAAAUUGUUUUGCACAUGUUCUUCAUAAUGGAGUGAAACAUGCACAUGAUGAUUUAUUGAUUGAUGUUGAAUCCAUUCUAUGUAAAAUAUACUCUUUUUUUUCAAAUUCAGCAAAGCGUGUUGAAGAAUUAAAAUCGUAUUAUGAUUUUGUUCAAGUGGAAUACCGUGUUUUGUUGGAACACAUUACUAUAAGAUGGCUAAGUUUAUUACCUUCGAUUCAACGUUUAAUUGAAAAUUAUGAUCCAAUAAAAAAUGAUUUUUUAAAUCAACAAAUAUCAUCAAGAACAAAACCUAAUAGAACUACUGAAAAUCUUCUACUUUUCAAGAGUUUUUUUGAAGAUGAUUUUGGUUUGUGCAUUUUGUUGUUUUUAGAAAAUAUGUUGGCUGAUGUUCAACGAGCUGAGUUAAAACUUCAACGUGUUUCUACCACCGCCGUUGAUCUUUUUGGUAUUAUUACAAACUUGAUUAAAAAAUUAGAACAACGAUUAAAUGAUAAAUAUUUUGGAAAUAAAACACAAUUAAUAUUAAAUCAUCUAAAACAGUUCGAUGAAGAAAGAAGUAAACAAUUGCUAGAAUCAUUUCAAUCAUUUAUUGAAUCAUUUAUUGAAUAUAUUAAUUCUUAUUUUGAUAAUGAUAGAGAAUUUUUUAGACGAUUAUCAGCUUUUGAUUGUGAAUCAAAUGAUUUUCUUAAAUGGGAUUAUUUAAUCGAUCUAAGUAAUUUAUUACAAAUCGAUGGUUUAGAUAGAGACGAACUCUAUAAUGAAUAUUGCGAAAUAAAAUUUAUGUAUGAUGCAAUGAAAAAUAAAAAUGUCAAACUAAAUGAACAAAUAAAAUUAUACAUUUCAAGUAAAAAUGUUUAUAAUUCAAAAUCAAUAAGUAAUAAUGAUCGAAUUCCAUGUGAUGUUAACGAUGAUGAUACUGAUGUUACAUUAAAUAAUAGUGCAAGUACAAAAGCAAAUGAAUGCAUUCGAUGUGAUCAGCUAUGGUCAUAUUUAUUAAAUAUUAAACCAAAUUCAGCACCAAAUAUGAAAUUAGUUGUUGCUUAUGUAUUUUCUAUUCCAUGCAGCAAUUCUUAUGUUGAAUCAAUUUUUAGUCAAAUGAAUCACUUAUGGUCAAACUAUCGAAAUCGAAUGGAUAUACAAUUAAUUGAAGCUGAAUUACAAAUCAGAAUGAAUUCUGAUAUUCAUUGUUCACAUUUUUAUGACUUUCUUUUAACCCAAGACGAACUAUUGACAAAAAUAGCUACAAAUGAAAAAUUUGUUAGAAAGAAGCGUGUUGAUAAGUGA